GCUCUGUCAUGGGAUCAGCUGUGUCCAAUUACAGCUGAUCGCAUAGGGGACAUCUACACUGCUCAUCAGGGCACUGAUGAUCAGUGUAGCCCCAGCAGUGCCACCUGUCAGUGCCCAUCAAUGCCAACUGCCUGUGCCCAUAUCAGUGCCACAUCAAUGCCACAUAUCGGUGCCUACCAGUGCACAUCAAUGCCACAUAUCAGUGCCCAUCUGAGCUGCCUUUCAGUGCCACCUAUCGGUGCCAGUCAGUGCCACCUAUCAAAGCCAGUCAGUGCCACCUAUCAGUGCUGCCAGUCAGUGCCGCCUAUCAGUGCCAGUCAGUGCCACCUAACAGUGCCACCUAACAGUGCCAGUCAGAACCGCCUAUCAGUGCCAUAUAUGAGUGCUGCCUUUUAGUGCCCAUCAGUGAUGCCCGCCAAUGCCCAUCAGUG